UGUCAAAAUAAAUCAAAAAUAUUGCAAAAUAUAAAAGUAAUGUCUAAAAAAACAUAAAAAAAUGGCAAAUUUUUUCGAAAAUCGUAAUAAUACAACAAUAUCAAUACCUCGAACCGAGGAAGAAAAUAACAUAAUUUUCUAUGUGAUCGAAAUGCAAGUGGGCUCAAUAAAUUGGACCGUACGCCAUCGAUACAGUGAUUUUUACGACUUACAUAUAAAACUGGUAUCGGAUCAUGGUGUACCAAAAGAUACGAUACCACCGAAGAAAAUUAUACGAAAAAAAUGUCCAUUUUUUAUAUCACAACGACGUGAAGGUUUAGAAAUUUACAUGAAAACAGUAUUAAAUUAUUUACAACGUGCAUUACCUUUGGAAUUAGCAUUAUUCUUAAAUUUUCAACUUUAUGAAAUCACUUACAUAUUACAAGAUUUAGCGCUAAAAUUCUUUUUAAAAGGGGAUACUUUGUUACAUUGUGCACAAUGGAUUAUUAUGUCACCGUUACAGUUACAUGCGUUAAGUGAACGUUUAAAACAACCGUGUCCAGAAACUGUGAUUGAUAAACGACGUGAUUUUAGUCACGUCUUAGAUGUUUGUUCACAAACGCAUAAAGUUUAUGUGAUUGGAUCAGAUGAACCGUAUGAAACCAGUAAUGUUAUUCCAAAUUCAUUAACUUUUGAGUGUUCAUCAUUUAAGGCUUUAAAACAAUUGCGAAUAACAAAUUUUCCAUUAAAAAAUAUUACACAAUUAGGCACAUUAAGGGAAACAUUGCAAACAUUAAAAAUUGAGAAUACAAAUGUACAAAAUAUCAGUCAAGUAUUACUUUGUGAUUCAAUUCAUAAAGUUCCAAAUUCAUCUACUUAUCAGAUUUGGACGAAUUUAACAGAAUUAUAUUUAAGUGAUAAUCAAUUAACAAGUAUUGAUGAGACAGUAAAAUUGAUGCCAAAAUUAAAAAUAUUAAAUUGCAAUCAGAAUCAACUAAAUGAUAUCAAAAAUUUAGUACAUCUAUCGAAUUUAAGUUACGUUUAUCUCUCAUCAAAUCUAUUUUAUUUAACUGACAACUUACAUACAAAAUUGGGUAACAUCUUACAUUUAGAUCUAUCAGCGAAUUACAUCAAAACGUUGCAAGGUUUCUCAAAACUCUACUCAUUAGAGUUCUUAGACAUCAGUUCGAAUCAAAUAUGCAGCUUGGAUGAAGUGAAACAUAUUGGAAACUUACCAUGUUUAGAAAAUUUACGUUUAACUGGUAAUCCGGUAUCGGUCAUUGUUGAUUAUCGUGUUAAAGUGCUGGAACAAUUUGGUCCACGUGCCAGUGAAUUAUGUCUGGAUAAUGAAAUGCCAUCUCAAACUGAAUUGGACACGAUAUGUGUGCUACAAGCGAUACGGAUUGUGAAGGAGGGCCGAACACCAACAUUUGAUGGAACAGAAAAUCCAUCGUUAUUUAUGAAUAAUAAUUCUACACCAUAAUUUUAUCAUUUAUUCCCGGGUUUCUAAUAUUUUAUUCGGAAUAUUCAGCCUAAAGGGUCUUUUACCUUGUUUAUCGUUGAUCAUAAGAGAGUAAGGGUGGGACAAUUUUCCCCUCCAAAAGAACUUAAUUAUUUUAAGUAAUUAGGAAAUAACUCUCAGUUUUUUUACUCUUAGCUUGAAUGAAAUACAGUGAAACCUGGGUGAAUGAGACCUGGAAAAGCGAGAAAACUCUACAAGUAAGAUUAAUUACCAGGUCCUGCUAUUUCACCCUUUUAAAACUAAUAAGUGAGAAACUGGAAUCUCUAUAAAAAAAUAAUUUUUUCCCUACUUUCCCUGCUUUACAUGCUAAGGAUUCCCAACAAUUAUUAUAAAUUGCGUCCAGGUCAGAGCUCCGACCCUUUUUUUUCUUAAUAAGGAUUGUGUAUAUAAUUUACACAUUUCAUGGCAUUAGUGAAAAAUUUUCGUUUUUAAUUUCAUACAUGAAGCUAAAGCUUCACAGGAGUAGAGAACGGCCUUUCAGUAAAAAAAAUUACACUGUCGUGAAUCACGAAAAAUCACUUUUACAUACAGGUGCAAAAUUUUCAUGAAUACAAAAUAACUACACAUUAUACUGAAAAUCCAAUAAACUACAAGUAAGGCCAUACGAAAAGCUUUAAGGAUUUGUUUUAAAAAACUUGUACAUCGAAUGAUCUGACUUGUAGUCUAAGAGUUGAGUGACAUUUUGAAGCAGGUAUUUGAGGUACUUUGAAAACUUCUCUAAUACUUCUUCUGCGAUAGCUAAAUACGAAGUGAACCCCUGGCUGAAAGGUUUAUCUUCAAAAAUAAUAAUAUAUUCUUUUAGGGACUCACUUCGCAUUCAGCUAUCGUAAAAGAAAUAUUCGACAAGUUUUCAAGGUGUCUCAAAUACCUGCAGUAAAAUGUCACUCAGCUCUCCUACUAUUGUAUGUCAUCAUAAUACACAAAGCACAAUCAUACUAAAAUUCUAAUAUGCUACGCUUUGAAAAUACGUUGGUAAUAAUACUAGAAUCGUGGGGCUAUUGAUCUUGCAUCAAAUCAGGUAUUUUUCCAAGUUUUCGACCUCAGAAUACGAUAGGAUCAUGCCAAAAAUAAGAAAAAUCUCGAAAAUUUUGACCUUAUUUCAGUUUCUGUCGAUUUUGACCCGACGGGACUGUUUUUUC